AAAUGGGUUGAAAUACAAGCAUUUUGAAGAGGAAACAAAUAUAAUGAACCGAGUUAUCCACAUUUCCCUCCAAUAAAAAGUUAGUUGGUCAACAAAAAUCAUACAAAUAAAAAUAUCUGCAACUGCACCUAAUAGAGGCUAAAAACCUCGACAGUGGACAGUGAUACCUCUCAUCUUCACCAUUCCCAAAUCCCCCUUUUUCACUAACCCUAACCCUAAUUCCUCUUCCAUGGACUUGCUUUAUUCACCAAUGGUCAAAUGCAUUUCGCCUCCAUUUACUUCUUUCACUCAUCGACCACUUUCACUCAUUUCAACCAAAUGUUCAAAUGGACGUCGAUUUUGGAAGAUGUGUUCUGCUUCCACUUCAGAUAUACUUGUUGAUGGUCGUAAAUCUCUUGAAGUUGCUAGUAAGAAAGAGGAUGAGUAUGGGGACUUGAAAUCUUGGAUGCACCAAAAUGGACUCCCUCCUUGUAAAGUUGUUAUUAAGGAUAGGCCUUCGAAUAAUGCUAAGCAUUUGCCUAUUCACUAUGUUGCUGCCAGUGAAGAUCUUCAGGCUGGUGAUAUUGCUUUUUCUGUUCCGGAUUCUUUGGUGGUAACGCUUGAGAGAGUUUUGGGAAACGAGACAAUUGCGGAACUCUUGACAACAAACAAAUUGUCUGAACUAGCCUGCUUAGCGCUUUAUCUAAUGUAUGAGAAGAAACAAGGAAAGAAGUCGUUCUGGUACCCUUAUAUAAGAGAACUUGAUCGCCAGAGGGCAAGGGGCCAGCUAUCUGUGGCAUCACCACUUCUGUGGUCAGAUGCAGAACUCGAUUACCUGACAGGGAGUCCUACUAAGGCUGAAGUUUUGGAGAGGGCUGAAGGGAUCCAGAGAGAGUACAAUGAGCUUGAUACUGUCUGGUUCAUGGCUGGAUCACUAUUUCAGCAAUACCCAUAUGAUAUACCCACUGAAGCAUUUCCUUUUGAGAUCUUCAAGCAAGCUUUUGUUGCGGUGCAAUCAUGUGUUGUACAUUUGCAGAAAGUUAGUCUUGCCCGAAGGUUUGCAUUAGUUCCAUUGGGACCACCAUUAUUAUCCUAUUGUAGCAAGUGCAAAGCAAUGUUAGCAGCAGUUGAUGGUGCAGUGCAACUGGUCGUUGAUCGCUCGUAUAAGGCAGGAGAUCCAAUUGUUGUGUGGUGUGGACCACAGCCUAAUUCAAAAUUACUCAUUAACUAUGGGUUUGUUGAUGAAGAAAAUCCGUACGACCGUCUUAUGGUGGAGGCAGCAUUAAAUACAGAUGAUCCUCAAUAUCAAGACAAGCGACUGGCUGCUCAGAGGAAUGGUAAACUAUCAGUGCAAGCUUUCCAGGUAUGUGUGGGAAAAGAAAGAGAGGCUGUGUUGGAGAUGCUUCCCUAUUUGAGGUUGGGAUAUGUUUCAGAUCCUUCAGAAAUGCAAACUGUCUUAUCAUCUCAAGGCCCUAUUUGCCUGGUGAGUCCUUGUAUGGAAAGAGCAGUUCUUGACCAGCUAAGUGACUAUUUCAACGCAAGACUGGCUUGUUAUCCGACCACUAUAAGUGAAGAUGAGGCUUUGUUGGCUGAUGCCGAUUUGGAUCCAAAAAGGCGAGUUGCCACACAGCUUGUCAGGUUGGAAAAGAAAAUUCUAAAUGCUUGUCUGGAAACUACAGUGAACUUCAUAAAUCAAUUACCUGAUCACUCUGUAUCUCCGUGUCCGGCUCCUUUUGCUCCAAUAUUGAAAUGAUAGAGAUUUUGGAUGAAUCGUCAUUUAAAAGCUGUGGAUAGAUUGAGCUUUUUUUUCAAGUGUAUUGAUACUAGGCUAAGUGCCAAUUAGACUGCUCAAUGAGGUGGAACUUAUAGGCAGGGUAGUUUAAAGUGACAGAACAAAUGGAGUAAUCCAAAAGGAUAUAAACAUUAGCUGUGUACAAUAAUGCUGGCAGUUCUAUAAGAUCCAUCAAAGAACAAUGCUUUCUUCUCUUCAUUGUCAUUCUCCUUGAGCCCCUAACUGUGUAUUAGCCUUCUUUAUCUUCGCCUACUUUUUUUCCCGUUUCCCUCUUUUUAGUUCACAUUGAGUUUAGUGCUGGUGCAUUUAGGUGUAUAAAGAGAAGAUUCUUAUUUGAUGCCGUGCAUCAUUGUGUUAGCCAUCUAUGUGAUGUUAACCAUUCUAUGUAAAUAUCGUUUUUGAUGUACCA